AUGGAAACUUUCACACGAGCCGGAGAUGUCCUGAUUGGCAGAGUGUUUGUGGUCCACUCAGGUUUUGAAAGUGAACAGAUGACCUUCCGAUACCAUCCAAAGCCAGCCUUGUGUAAGGGGUUCCACGUUCGCUAUUACCGGGACGUGCUUGGCAUGAUGUUCGCCAUUGAUGAAAUUAACAAAUCUACGGAUCUGUUACCCAAUAUCACCCUAGGAUUCAGUAUGUUUGACUCCUGUAUGUCUGAGCUCCGAGCAAUUUGGGGGGCUCUGUCCUUGGUAUCGGGGGCCAAAUCCCCCAUUCCUUCAUAUGACUGCCAUGCUCCCUCAGUCAUGGUGGGGAUGGUGGGUGAACUUGUAUCAGCUCUGUCUCUGCCCAUCGCCAGGCUCCUCGGUGUUCUCCAUUUUCCACAGAUCAGUCAUGGGGCCACUCUGUCAGCUCUAAGUAACAAGAUGCUUUUCCCAUCAUUUCUCCGCACGGUGCCAAGUAAUAUGUUACAGAACGUCGCCGUCCCUCAGCUUCUUGGCCGCUUUGGCUGGACUUGGGUGGGAAUGCUGGUUGUGGACAAUGAUGUUGGAGAACAGGGUGGACAAGCCAUAAAAGCUGGCAUAGAAAAGAGUGGUGGCUGUGUGGCCUUUAUGGAGAAAAUACAUCUGAGUUACUCAAUGAAACAGAUCCACAGAGUGGUGGAUGUCAUUAAGGGAAGCUCUGUCCAGGUGGUUGUUCUCCACAGCCCUGAGGUCCAUGUAAUUGUUCUCCUAGAUGUCUUGCAUGACAGAGAGAUGACUGGGAAAAUAUUUGUUUCUUCUGCUUCUUUUGGAGUUACUCCUAGUCUCUUCUCCAUGAAAGCAUGGAAAGUCUUAAAUGGAAUGCUUUGCUUGAUUCCUAAAACAGGAACGAUGCCAGGAUUUGAAGAAUUCCUUAAUGAUCUACAUCCAUCCAAAUCCUCACAAUACCCCUUCAUAAGGUUGUUCUGGGAGAAAGUCUUCCAGUGCAGUUGGUCGGAAGACAGCGUGAGCCAGGAAUCAUCUGUAUCAUUAAACAUAGCCGAGGAAGGUGGCUGUAGAGGAAAUGAGGUGUUUGGCAAUAAAUUGCCCUCAUUGUUUGAGAUAAAUGACCUGAGCUACACGUAUCAUGCCUACCUUGCAGUUUACGCCUAUGCCCAUGCCUUGCAUGCCAUCUCCAUGUGUAGUCCUGAAAAUUACAAUGAACCAUGUGCUAAGGUGGGCAGUGUGCAUCCAUGGCAGAUCCUUCGCUAUCUUCAAAAAACGCCUUUCCGCGGCCAUGCUAGUGACUGGAUGUUGUUUAACAGCGAUGGAGAUCUUCCUGCAGCUUACGACAUAAUCAACAUUCAGAUUCGGAAUAAGAGCUUCAAUCUGAUUAAAGUGGGAACAUAUAACCCAGAAUCAAAAGAUGACAAGAUCACCAUAAAUGUAACCGCUAUAGCCUGGGGUGAAUACUUCGACAGUGUGCCCCAGUCGGUGUGUAGUAACAGCUGCCGGCCGGGGUAUAGAAAGUCUGCCCAGCUCGGGAAACCUGUGUGCUGCUUCGAUUGUGUGCCAUGUUCCCUGGGAGAGAUAAUCAAUAAAUCAGGUGCAUCUGAGUGUUUUAAAUGUCCUACGGACCAAUGGCCCAACGAAGAAAGGACCAAAUGUGUUUUAAAGGUGGUAGAGUUCUUGUCCUUCCAGGAGCCGCUGGGUGUCGUGUUGGUCACCAUGGUCGUUAUAUUCACAUUUUUCACACUUUGGAUCUUGUUAAUCUUUAUUAAACAUCAGGACACUCCAAUAGUGAGAGCCACCAACAGAGAGCUGAGCUACAUCCUCUUGGUCUCUCUCAUACUCUGCUUCCUCUGCUGUCUAGUCUUCAUUGGUCGUCCAUCCAUUUUUACCUGUCUCCUUCGGCAAACCUUGUUCAGUAUUGUGUUCUCCAUCAGUAUCUCCUCAGUUCUGGCUAAGACCAUCAUGGUGACUCUAGCAUUUAAAGCCACCAUCCCUAACAGCCCUUUGAAGAAAUGGUUAGGGCCUAGGAUCCCACGAAGUGUGGUUGGACUUUGCUCUGUGAUGCAGACAGCAAUCUGCUCCGCUUGGCUUCUCUCGGCUCCACCUUUCCCGAGACUGAACACAGAAUCAGGAUAUAAUAAAGUCAUAUUUGAAUGUCACGAGGGGCAGAACCUCUUCUUUUAUGUGUCACUAGGCUUCAUGGGAUUCUUGGCAUUGGUCAGCUUCCUGGCGGCUUUCCUAGCAAGAAACCUACCUGGCAGCUUCAACGAGGCCAAACACAUCACCUUCAGCAUGCUGGUGUUCUGCAGUGUCUGGCUCUCCUUCAUCCCCGCCUAUCUGAGCACCAGGGGAAAAUACACUGUGGCUGUACAGAUAUUUGCCAUCUUGGCUUCUACUGCUGGACUCCUGGGCUGUAUCUUCGUCCCCAAAUGCUAUAUUACACUUUUGAAACCAGAGAGGAACAGCAAAGAACUACUAAGAGGCAGAAAGAAUAGAAGUAACGGUUAG